AAAAAAACAGGGGAAACAAAAGUAGGUGGCGGUGGCGGUGGCGCCACUGAUUUAUCAAAUUCAUGGCCUCUCUCUUAUCUCCCACUGCAACUACAUUUCAUCAAGACCCUAAACCCAUUAAAUUCCCCCCCUCAAAACACAUAUCUAAUGGUUUCCUUUGUUUCAAAAAGAAUUCUGUCAGGUGCAAUGCAUUCUUGAACGAUAUUUCCGACAAUCUUCUGAACAAUUCCAUUCAUCUGGACCAGUCGUUGCUCCAAUAUCCACCUAUCCAGCAGCUCCAGAUAGCCGCUGAUGAACUCCCACAAGUUCAAAAAUGGGGUUUCUUGAUUUUCUCCGGUGUUCUUUGGAUUUACUUAACUGCUAGGCCUGGUGUUCUCAUUGGGGCAAUUGAUGCGUAUAUAUUGGCUCCUCUGCAACUGGGCUUGGACACUUUGAUCGGGAGAAGGAGUUUGAAGAGAACCGAUUUCUUGAUCGGUGAUGUUUUGGGUGAAGGUUCUUUCGGUAUUGUUUAUUCUGGUGUCAUUGUUCCAAAAAAUGUAGUUGUUGAUGAAACUUUUCGGAGAAAAGGAAAUCGAAGAGGCCGCCAAUUGGAUGAAAGGUUUAAAGAUAAAGUUAUCCUCAAGAAGGUCAAAAUUGGAGUACAAGGGGCUGCUGAGUGUGCAGAAUUCGAAGAGUGGUUUAAUUACAGGCUAUCGAGAGCAGCUCCCGAGACUUGUGCUGAUUUUCUUGGAAGUUUUGUGGCUGAUAAAACCAAUACUCAAUUCACAAAGGGUGAGAAAUGGCUCGUCUGGAAAUACGAGGGAGAUUUAGACCUGGACGACUACAUCAAAGAUCGAAGCUUUCCUUUGAACUUGGAGUCUGUCAUGUUCGGGCGUGUUCUAAAAGGCCUAGAAUCCGUCGAGCGUAACGCACUAAUCAUCAAGCAGAUAAUGCGUCAGAUUAUUACUUCCCUCAAGAAAAUCCACAACACGGGUAUUGUUCACCGAGAUGUAAAGCCAUCGAACUUGGUAGUCACCAAAAAGGGCAAAAUCAAACUAAUCGACUUUGGUGCUGCAACAGACCUUCGCAUAGGCAAGAACUAUGUGCCAGAUCGUGGCUUGCUCGACCCUGACUAUUGCCCACCUGAACUCUAUGUAAUGCCUGAGGAAACUCCAAUUCCACCCCCUGAGCCAAUUGCUGCCAUUCUUUCUCCUGUCUUGUGGCAGCUAAACAGUCCAGAUCUUUUUGAUAUGUACUCUGCUGGAAUAGUACUCCUGCAAAUGGCUAUACCAACAUUGAGAUCUAGUGCAGGGCUGAAGAAUUUCAAUACAGAACUGAAGGGAUUUGGUUAUGAUUUGAAUAGAUGGAGAGAGAAAACACGAACGAGGCCUGAUCUCAGUAUUCUUGAUCUUGAUUCGGGUAGAGGGUGGGAUUUGGCCACAAAACUUAUCUCCGAGAGAGGUUUCUUGAAAAGGGGGAGAUUAUCUGCUGCUGCUGCUUUGAGGCAUCCUUAUUUUUUGCUAGGUACUGAUCAAGCUGCUUCUGUUAUCUCCAAAUUCAAUUUUAUCAAGCAGUGAUCAGGAUUAUUAUACGACAUGUGAGUGUAAAACUUCUUCUUCUUCACUGUAUUCGAGUUUUCAUUCUUUACUCAAAGUAGUAUAAAAUGCUGAAGAUAUAAAUACUGGAUAAAUAGUAAUAUUAUUAUCUAAAUUUAUUCA